AUGACUCGCUACUACUCGCUGCUGCCGCUUGCAGCUCUCGUCGCUCUUUUCGACCUCAGAUCACAGGCCAGACCCAUCAACGAUGACUUAUUAGACCAAUACGACUAUAUUAUUGUCGGCGGAGGUGCCAGUGGCCUCACCGUUGCCAACAGGCUGACUGAGGACCCUUCGGUGACGGUUCUCGUGCUCGAGGCUGGCCCCGUCGACCAGGAUGAGGAGUGGAUGCGGGUUCCCUUCUUCGUCGGCAACGAUCCCACGCCCCCGGCCGGCGCCCUUUCCGGUCACCUGCAGUACGACUGGAAUCUGGGAACUGAGGCUCAGACCUACCUCGAUGGAAAGACGAGGCACUACCCUCUCGGCCGCGGUGUCGGUGGAGGAACUUUGAUCAACGGAAUGCUUUGGAACAGGGGCAACAUUGGUGACUACGACGACUGGGCAACCCUGAUCGGCGAUGACGGAUGGAACUGGGAGUCGAUGAUGCCGUACUUCAAGAGGAGCGAAACCUUCUCGGCCGACUACUCUCCCGAGCAAGCCUCGCAGUACCAGAUCCACAGCGAGGACUCGGUACACGGCAUCGCGCAGGGCGGCGUCAACGUCAGCUACCAGGGCCACUUCUACACGGGCACCGAGCACUUCUACAACGGCCUGAACGAGCUCGGCAUCCCGACCGAGGGCGACCCCAACGCCGGCGACACGGCUGGCGCUUCCUUCUUGCCCAUGAGCAUCGACCCGGAGACGAAGCAGCGCGCCGAUGCCCGCAGGGUCCACUACGAUCCCCACGCCUCGCGCGACAACCUCUACAUCUCCAGCGGCCAGUUCGUCACGCGCCUCCUCUGGGACGACAGCUCUGACUGCGGCAAUGGCGCCGACGACGGCGACGACAGCGACGAUGAGGGCGGUUUGUUCGGCGGCGACGUCCCUGGUUCUUUUGCUCCUAAUGGCCCUGACUUCGGCGGCAAUCCUUUCGGUGACAACCCUUUCUCCAGCAAUCCCGGAUCGGACGGCACUGGUGGAUCGUCGUCCACUGGUGGCGACGGCCAGACCAACCCCUCGGACCCGACUAACCCCUUCAGCCCUGUCAGCUCUGGUGUUGAUGGCGUCUCUUCUGGUUCCAAGUCGCACACCAACGGCUCGGCCUCGGGCGCCGGCUCUGGCUCUGCUUCCGGUUCUUCCUCCUCUGGCUCCUCCUCCGGUUCAUCCUCCGGCUCGUCAUCCGGCGGUCUCUUCCCCGGCUUCGGCGGUUCCAGCUCGCCGUUCUCCAACUUCACUGUCCCGACCUGGGCCAACGGCAGCACGCCGUCGAACGAGUCCAGCGUGUCCGGCUCCAUCGGCACGGGCAGGCACUGGGGCUUCAAGCCCAACAGCGUCAGCAGCGUCGAAGGAUCGUCCAGCAGCGGCGUGGGCAUGUUCAACUUCUUCCCCGUCGGCCAACUUUUCGACCUCCUGAAGAGCUCCGCGCCCGCCAACUGGGACCCCAACUCCGGCGUCGAGGUGCACGAGAUCACCACCACCACCUACACCUGCGACUGCAAGGAGUCCACCUGCUCCUCCAAGAAAACGCGCCGCAGCAGCACCAAGAAAAACAAGCGCCAACAGCCCAACCAAAAAUGCCUCCAGCGCGUCCAGGGCGUCGAAUACGCCGCCUCGUCCAACUCCCAACGCCGCACCAUCACCGCCCGCCGCGACGUCAUCCUCGCCGCGGGCGCCGUGCACACGCCGCUCAUCCUCCAGCACUCGGGCAUCGGCGACGCCGACUUCCUCGCCACGCAGGGCAUCGCCACCCGCCUCGACCUGCCCGGCGUCGGCAACAACUACCAGGACCACUACAUGCUGGCCAGCAACAACCACUUCGCCGCCAACGACGACGCCCCCGUCGCCUACGCCGUCGACACGGACGCCAACCGCGCCGCCUUCUUCGACUCCGCAUCCGGCCCCUGGACCGCCGGCCCCCCCAACGGCGUGGCGUUCCCGUCGCUCAAGGACAUGACGGAAAACUUCACCAGCGUCCUCGAAUGGGCGCGCUCGCAAACCACCGGGCAGCACCUGCAGGACGGCCUCGACGCCACCGUCGUCGCGGGCUACGACGCGCAGCACGCGCUGCUCGUCGCCGCGCUGAACGACGCCCGCCGCGGCCAAUUCGAGAUCCUGAAUAGCAAUGCCGGGUCCUUCACGUACUCGCUGAUGAAGCCGCUGUCGCGGGGCCAGAUCCGCAUCCGCAGCGCGGACCCCUUCGACACGCCCGUCAUCGACCCGCGCUACGGCAGCAACCCCGUCGACCUGCAGUACCUGGUCGAGGCGUUCAAGUUCAACCACCGCCUGGUCCAGACGGACGCCCUUGCGCCGCUCAAGCCCGAGGAGAACUACCCCACCGCCGAGCAGGUCGCGGAUGAUGCGAAGCUGCUGGAUUUGAUCAAGGGCGGGCUGUUUACGGAGUACCAUCCGACGGGCACGGCGUCGAUGUUGCCGUUGGAGCAGGGGGGUGUGGUGGAUGCGCGGUUGCGGGUGUAUGGGACGGCGAAUUUGAGGAUCGUGGAUAGUAGUGUUAUGCCGCUUAUCCCCGCCGCGCAUCUGCAGGCGUGCGUGUAUGGGGUUGCGGAGAAGGCGGCGGAUUUGAUUAAGGAGAAUUAG